CAUCCAAGCAAAGUUCUCAUUUCAAGUGUAAUCACUCUCUUUGCUUUUCCCACACAACCUAUAUAAAUAAUUAAAAAAAUAAUUGAGAUAAUAGCACAAGCACUUUCAAACUCUCAAAAGCAGGAGUAGUGGCAAGGGAUCAGCACUUUAGGACAUAAAACCACAGUAAGCUGAAUCAUCACACCCACUCUGGCAUGUUUAUGAGAAGUCUAAGUUGCCAUAAGACAAGUAUGAACUGGUUUAGGGCAAGUGAGAGUCUGGUUUCCAUUCCCCUACAGUAGUAGAACCCUAAAAACAAGCUUCAGUUCCUGCUACCCCUGUGCAGCCUGUAACACUCCUCCACAAAGACUUUCAUGAAUCUUGAGCCAUUCUGUUGAAAUCAACAGCUUUUAGAGUAACCACGUUCACUUUUGUCUGCCAGCCAGAUUUGCUGCUCCCUGUGGGAAAGAGUGGGGAUGUUUUCUGGAGUUGGUUACGCUCCCCAACUCUGAGGGCCAGCCUUGCCCCGUCGCUGGUGACACUGGGAGCUGCUGAGCCACUGGAGAUGGGUGCAGGGAAGGCAUGCUGCUCCCGUGCCCUGCUCCCCCACGUGUGACCUUCUGUAGAUGAGGCCUGGCCCCUCUCAGGGGCUGAGGAGCACACUGGAGGUCCGACACAUUUUUGUGGAGUACCUGCAGCAGUGCCUCCAGGCAGCCAGAGCCCAAGCACUGCCAGGACACUUCCCUGGCCCUCCCGUGGCCUUUAGCAGUCUUUGGGGCAAGUUCAAGAAACUAGCGAUGGAAGCACACAAACGAGAGGAGCACUGUGUUGUUGUGCCAGACAAGAGAUUAAAUGGAGCCAAAGGUGAAGAGAAAGCCCAUCCACAAACAGUGCCGCAGGGGCGUUACUGCCACACCGCCAGCCAAGAGCAAUUUGGCUUCACUGCCUCGGUCAAUGCUCUGAGCGAGAUGCAGAAGAGCUGUUGUGUUUCUGCGAUGGUUACCCAGUUAUUGAGGGGCCGCUUCCAGGCUGGUGAUGAGCACUUGCAGAGACCACGUUCGCUGUGCCAGCCAUGGAGGGCUGUUGUCUUGUGUGCUUAUCUGGACAUGGGAGGCAUUGAUCUCAGGGAUCGGUCUGUGAUUGAGCUGGGAGCUGGAACUGGAUUGCUGGGAAUAGUGGCCACAUUAUUAGGUGCUCGUGUUACCAUCACAGACAGGGCGGCAGCACUGGAGCUCCUGGAGUCAAACGUACAGGCUAACUUACCUUCUGAACUACAUCCGAGAGCUGUGGUGAAGGAACUGACUUGGGGAAAAGACCUGGGUAACUUCCCUCCAGGAGCAUUUGACUUCAUCCUGGGUGCAGACAUCGUUUAUCUGGAAGAAACUUUCGCAGAACUGCUUCAGACGCUGGAGCACCUGUGCUCAGAGCAAACUGUGAUUCUGCUUUCCUGUCGUAUCCGCUAUGAACGGGAUCACAAAUUCCUGAAGAUGCUGAGAGGCCGGUUCUCUGUAUAUGAGGUCCACUAUGAUUCCAGUAAGGAUGUUCAUAUCUACAAAGCACAGAGGGGAAGUCGCAAGGAUGACUUUUGAUCUGUGCUUUGUUAGUAAACCACUGAUGCUGUUCAAUCCUUCCCUUACUUCUACUCAAUAUACUUGUUCCUAAGCA